CUACGCUGGAUUUCGUAAACAGGUGUAUAGUAGUUGUGCUCAGUACUCCAACGAUCAACUAAGCCAACCACAGACCGUCCCAUCCUUUCCUUUUUGUUCAUCUUCUCAACGUCACAAAAACCCCCAAAUUCUGCAGUCGAUAGAUUAGUCUGGUCGAAGAUAUCGUGCGAAAGGAAGAAAUGAAAGGUCCAAGCAGACCGCCGGCGUCGAGUCCAGGCAGAACGGACAACUUCCCGCCGCCAUUAAUGAGGUUUCUGAGGAGCAAUGCAGGGAGCAGAAGCAGGGGAAGGUCACGUUCCAGCCCACUGUUCGUUCGCAAGAAGAACUCAUCCGCCGCCAUUGAAACCACCGAGGAACCUUCUUCUCCCAAGGUCACUUGCAUCGGCCAAGUCCGCGUUCGGAAACCUUCCGUCCCCGCCGGAAUCAGCCGCCCGAUGUCUAAUCGGGAAACCGGAACCUCUAAACAGCCCUGUUGCUGGCCGGUCCAUCGAAUUCCACCGAAAUCCCUAAAGCCCGACUCGAUUUGUUCCGUGCUCCGAAAACGGGUCGGGUUCGGGUGUUGUAAGACCGGCGAUAUCGUCGAUUCUCCCUCGCCAGUGGAAUCGAAUCUCAAAAUCCCUCGCCGUGAAGAGAUUGGUAGAAACGUUGAGGGUGACGGUUCCGUUUCCGGUUCCGGAGCAGUCGGCGGCGGGGAACGCGCGUCUGGAAUUCAAUUAUUAUUGUUGUUCGAAGAAAAUGACACAUUAUUGACUAGGUGUAGAUCUGCUCCGUAUAAAUCUACCUCCCUGGCCUCUAGAUUCGCCGAAGCAGAGGAGGAGAAGCCCAGCAGCUGUUUGAAUGGAGAAAAUGAAGAAGAGGAAGAUUUUGGGGAGAAAUUGGAAGGGAAAGAAGAAAAACAACAAGAGAUUGAAGUAAUAAGAAAAAAAGGAGUUCAUCCAUUGCUGUUGACUAGGUGCAAUUCGGAGCCAUCUAGAACAGGGGAAAGUUUGAAUCCAGACGCAGGUUACUGGAGGCUAAGAAGGUUUGAUGAUCAUCAUCUUCAUCCUCAGCCUCUGUAGCUCUACUGUUUGUACUUUUAUUUUGUUGUAAAGCAAAGUUCAUGCAAAUUUAGAAUAAUCAUGUGUAUAAACGUUUUGUUUGAUAUUCCAAUUCAUGUGUAUUAACGCUUUUGCCUUGCCUUUUUAGCAGUGCCAAAAUACUUUUAUAAUUUAUUCCAAAAGGAAGUACAUCAUAGAGAAAGUGUGGACUUAUAUGUACU